ACAGACACUAAAUAGCCUGAGCACCUAUGAAAAAAUGGUAGUCGCAUAAUGGCGGAUUCAAAUAGUUCUCAGUUUUUUUUGCUGUAAGAAGGAUUUUCCUUGAAAUCAUUGCUAUAUAUUGGUUGAAAUCAUAUUGCAUGCCUAUACUUGACAUACUGGUAGCAUUUGCAUGUUGAAAAAAGACUCCAAACUGAUUUAACAUGUGAAAUUUAUUCAUACACCCCUACCCUAAAUUGUGAUUGUCAUUUCAGUGUAAAAAUUACGGUGUGUCCGUUUGACCAGAAAUAUUUUUCUUGCAUCAAACAUGACCCCUACUUUUCUUUGGAUAUUUUUACAGUAUUAAUGUUGAUCUACAAGAAAAUGUAAGCUAAAGAAAUUUAAAAUGGGUCUAGGUGUGUAUUGCAGCAUUGUGAAAACUUGUCAUUUUAUAUAGAAUAUAUAGUGGUGGCUAUUUAGUGUGUUAUAACCUAAACAUUCGAUGUCAAAAAAAUAAACCGACAUUUCGUGGAUAAUAAUAGAUUGUAAAUCAGUUUAACCUUGCAGAAUUGAAGCAAAGGUUUUUUGUUCCAUCUAGGGAAAUAAUUGUGGUCUGACUGUAUUAUUUUGAAAAUCACAGUUGAGAUUUUUUUAUGUGUGCACCGGUACAGUUUUGCGGGGAAGCGAAAGUUGACCUGGAAUUUUGUCUUCUUCUAAAAACAAGUGUCUGAUACAGUUAAUUCGCCGGUUACGACGCAUUCACCGGUUCCGAAGUAUUCCGAAUGUAAUUCUUGUCAACAACGUGACAUUACUGAUCUGAAUAGCCAUUUAUUUUCCUCCUCAAACAAGCUAUUAACCAUAUAUAUUUCAGCUCCCAUUAAAGUUAAAAAGCUAUUUGCAUGAUGAAUGUGGCAUUCUCUUGUAAGUUCAACAAGACCCCAACAAAAAGUAAGAAAGUGGCCUGUAGAACUCCUGUCAGCCCAGCACAGAGUAAGGCAAAGAAAGUGACUUUGAAAUAUAAAGGGGGUACAGAAAAUUACCUGGGAAAAUUGCCAGAAUAAGAGAUGCUAUUACUGAGGUAGAGAAUGGAAGUUCUGUUCGUAAAACGGCGAAGAAAUUUGGCUUUAGUGAAAGCUAUCUUAGGAGAAGAGUGAAUGGUGAAGUAAAGAUUGACAGUAGAAAUGGCCCUAGUCCAGUAUUUUCUUGUGCUGAAGAGUGUGAAAUGGCAAAGUGGUUGUCAGAAAUGUCAAAAAGGGGAAUGGGGCUUGGACCAGCAGAAUUUUUAGAUUUCGUUCAAGGUGUGGUAAAAAAAGAAAAGAGAAAAACUGACUUUAUUAAUGACAGACCUAGCUACACUUGGUAUUAUAGUUUCAUGGCGCGCAAUUCUCAUUUGAUUGAGAAGAGACAAGAGUCUUCUCUUGAAAAUUCCAGAGCUAAGGUGACUUCACAACAGCUGGAUAAAUGGUUUGCCAGUUACUAUAAGUUUUUAUCAGAACUUCAUCUCCUUGACAAGCCACACAGAGUUUACAAUGCUGAUGAGUCGGGGUUUUCAAUGGGUAGUAAGGCUUCUGUUGUUAUAGGUCCGACUAAAAAAGAGUAUCCUGAUAAUCUUCCUCACUUGUGUGGACAGACAAAGAAACGUUUAACGGGAAUGUUUUGUGCUAAUGCUGAAGGAGAAGUCAUUCCUCCAUUUCUUGUAUAUCCCCAGCCAAAACCAAGUGCAUAUGACCCAUUAAUUGGUAGUAGAAAAGGUACUGCAGUAGAAUAUACAGAAAAAGGUUGGAUGAAUGGAAAGACAUUUCUUAAAUUUUUACAACAUUUUGACCAGUAUGCCAGUCAGGAAAGACCAGUGCUAUUACUUAUUGACAGCGUGAGUAGCCACAUUGACUUGAACAUUUUCACUUUUGCAAAAGAGAAACAAAUUGAACUUUAUAGGUUAAUACCUAAUGCGACCCAUUUCCUUCAGCCAGUUGAUAAUGGCGUGUUUGGGCCUCUUAAGAAAGUAUGGUAUAAAAUUGUCAGGAAAUACACAAAAGAAAACCCAGGUAAAAGCAUAGGUAAAGAAAAUUUUGCUGGUAAACUUCAUGAAGCAUUUAUGUUGUUUUACAAACCACUUACAGUGUCUAGCAGUUUUAGAUCUACUGGUAUACAUCCAGUUGAUAGGUCAAAAAUUAGUGAAAAUAAACUGAAACCAGCAUUAACUUUUCAAAUAGAAUCAGAAUCGUCUGCACCAUUAAAUUCCAUGGAGGAAAAUUGCCAGCAGUCAGUGUCAUCCUCAAAUAAUGACAUUUCAAAUUCACCAGUACUUGAUUCCUCAGUGGAAGACAAUCCAGUGAACUCACAGUCAAACAAUUCACUAUCUGGUCUGUCCCUUCUUGCAGAUGUAGCCCUGACUGACUGUAACAAUAAUGUCAAUAAGAUAACUAGUGUAAACAGUAAUUCUUCAUGUUCAAAGUACGGAUCUCCUAGUGUAAAUAUUGAAUCUACAAGUAGUAUUAGUACUGCCUCCUCAUUUAUUCCAUCUACAGACUGUGGUGACAAUGUUUCUGUGCACUUAAAGGAAGCACUUGUAUUCCCGUCUUGCAGCAAGGAUGUAAUUCAAAAAAAGAGAAAAUCAAUGUCAGAUUCUAUACCGGACUGCUUAACAUCAUCGGAAAGUAUUAGGAGUGCAGCAUUAAAAAAGCUGGAGUCUGUAAGAAAAUUUGCAAAAAAAGAAAAACUAGCCAGGACGAAGUAUAUUAAGGAAAAAGCUAAGCAGACAUUAAAGGAACAGAAACUUCAAAAAAAAAAAAUGCAAAGCCAGUGAAUAAAAGAAAUACUAGCAAAACUGGUGGUAAUAAGUCAUCUACCUCUAAGAGGACAAGAAACGCUAAGAAAUGUCUGGUCUUUAAAGAUAAAAAGUCUGAUAAUUGUGUUGUUUGUAAACUGCUUUCUGAGGAUGAACUAGGAUGGGUUCAGUGUGAUCUGUGUGACUGUUGGCUACAUGUGGCAUGUAUUCCAGAUGAUCAUGAAUAUGAUAAAAAUGCUUUAAGCCAAGAAAAUGUUGACUUUUAUUGUCACAUAUGUGUAACUUAAGUUAUCCACAGAAUUAAAGGUAGAUUGUCAAUGUUUUUCUGAAUUUUUACAACUUCAUUAAGACAGCAUAGAAAAUGUUGAUAAAUUUAUUGUUAUAAAUGUAGUAUUACUGGUACCAUACUUUAUUUUUUGUUGCUUCUACUAUGAGAUAGCUUCUACUUUAGAUAGCAUUGUGGUCAGGUUUUCCAUUACUACAUUGAUUAUAUAUUAUAAAUAAUGAUCAACUUUCCUUUGACACAAUUACUGUUUACAAACUGAAAAGUACUGUCAAUAACUUGAAUAAAGUAAAAUCAACCAUGUAACAGUAUGAUUUUCUUUAUUAUACAAUGUAAAUGAUUUUCUUUAUUAUACAAUCAAACAAUUAAAGACAUGGCAUCUUUCUCAGGCAUGGCAGAUAAAGCCUUCUCCAAUAAGUCCACAUGUUCCUGGUUUUCAGAUUUAAUAACAUAAUCACAUGGGAUUACAGCUCCUCCUCCAAUGUCAUGCACAGCAGGCCAUGGUGGGAAGCUCUGACAUGGCUCUCCUUUGGCUAUGGCACUGACAGAGCCACCUGACUCUAUUACCUCCCGAAAGGCAGCUGCCAAGCCCCUUGGAACAUGACCAAUAGGAAGUCCAGCAAUGUCACUUAGCUUCAAAAAGCGUUGAGAGUCAGUAACUUGUCCAUGCAUGUUUGAAGGGAAUUCUUCAAUAGGUGGAAUCCAUACUAGAGCAGCAUUUUCAUCAUGCACAUGGGUGUAUUCCAGAUCUACCUUCAACAAAGUGUUCAUUGGUGGUUUUAUCUGGAAAUGAUGAUAUCCCUUUAUCACAGAAUCCUCUAUUU